AUGUCCGCGACAAUGACCAACCCGAUCCUCCAGACCCACCUCACCGCCCCAUCCAAACACCGCGACGAUGCGGUGUACUACAUCAUCAACAUGUUCAAUCACCUUUCGCCGGGCAAGGUGCAGACCAUUGUUGCGAGGAUUCGGGAGUUCGGGGGAAGCGACAUCGUGCUGACCACGCUAACGACGAAUGGUUCGGAGAUGAUGCAGCUUCCGCCCGCCUUGCACGCACAAGUGAUUGCCUUGCUUCCCGAGAUGGCAGAGUGGCACUUUGCCAAUAUUGAUCAGCUGGAGCGCCCCCCAACUGGUGAACCACUCGAAUGGGACCUUGACGCCUGCUACGCCGACCUCGAGGCGAAGGGCUUAUUGAACGACUUGUUCUCGCAGCCAUACGUCCAGGGCUUCCUGCGCUAA